AUGUUAAGAAGUAGAUGUUUUAUAAAUAUAUUCAGUAGAAAAUGUUUACAAGUCAAAUUAUUACAGAAACGGUAUAAUAAUGUUCUAGUGCGACGCAAUCUGUAUCAAAUACAAAGUUUUCGCUUAUCAUCGGUUUUAUACCAGCUGGCAACAAAGUGUAGGUUCAGUAUCAAUUCGUCAGUGAAGAUGGCAACGUCGUGGUCCAUGGGCCCAGGUACUCUGGAAGUGCCUUUAUCCUUAUUUGCUAAGAACAGGAGUCGGCUGGCAGACAAAUUAAAAAGUGGGCAAGUAGUUGUCCUACAAGGCGGCGACGACAUUAGCCAUUACGACACCGACAUUGAAUAUGUGUUUAGACAGGAAUCCUACUUUACCUGGGUCUGUGGUGUCCGUGAGCCUGGCUGCUACUUUGCUCUAGAUGUAGCCACGAGGAAAGCACAUUUAUUUGUGCGCCGUCUACCUGAAGACUAUGAAAUCUGGAUGGGAAAGUUACUCAGCUGUGAUGACUUCAAGAACAUUUAUGCAGUUGAUGAAGUUCACUAUGUUGAUGAGCUCCAGACUGUGCUCAAAAGCUUAAACCCUGAGACAUUAUUGACUUUGUGUGGUCCCAAUACAGACAGUGGCUUGACCGCCAAGGAGGCUGUGUUUGAGGGAAUUGAUGAAUUCAAUGUCGACAAUGAAACACUUUUCCCUAUCAUUGCCGAGCUGCGCGUUCUCAAGACCCCUGAGGAGAUUGAAGUACUGCGUUAUGUGUGCAAAGUCUCGUCUGAUGCUCAUAAACAGGUGAUGUUAUACGCGAAACCAGGUAGAAAAGAGUAUCAAUGUGAGUCAGUGUUCCUGGACCAUUGUUACCGCGUGGGCGGGUGUCGUCACGUGUCCUAUACUUGUAUCUGUGGCUCCGGACACAAUGGCGCCACUCUACACUAUGGACACGCUUCCGCACCAAAUUCUAAGCUCAUUCACGACGGUGAUAUGUGUUUGUUCGACAUGGGCGGGAACUACGCUGGCUACGCCGCUGACAUCACUUGCUCAUUCCCUGCGAAUGGCAAGUUCACAGAAGACCAGAAGCUUAUCUAUGAAGCUGUGCUCGCUGGAAGAGAUGCUGUCAUUAGGGAAGCUAAACCAGGCGUGCUGUGGACUGACAUGCACCUAGCAGCCAACAGAGCUAUGCUGGAACAUUUGAAGAAAGGGGGCUUGCUUCAAGGCGAUAUUGAAGACAUGAUUGCUAAUGGAAUCCAUGGCAUUCUGCAGCCUCAUGGUCUAGGCCACUUACUGGGACUGGACGUCCACGACGUGGGCGGGUACCUGCCUCACUGUCCCCCUCGACCGUCAGGCCCACUCGCCCGUUUGCGAACCGCGCGCCCUCUACUCGCAAAUAUGACGCUCACUAUCGAACCUGGCUGUUAUUUUAUACCCAGACUUCUAGACGGUGCUAAGAACAACCCAGCACAAGCAAAAUUCUUUAACUGGGGGAAAUUGGACAAGUUCCGCGGUUUCGGUGGCGUGCGCAUUGAAGACGAUGUGCUCAUUACUGAAUCCGGGGUCGAGAACCUCACCUUUGUGCCAAGGACUGUCGCCGAAAUUGAAGAACACAUGGCUAACGGAGCUAACUUUAAAAGUUCAUAA